AUGAUUCAAAAAUAAAUUCAUUUGAAGGCCAUCAGAGCGAUGACCUCAAAUAUUUACCUUAGGCUACAAUUAUUCGGUACCAACUUUGAUCAAAAGGACAUCACUGGAGAAUAAAACCGUGAACCUUUUUAGAGGACUCAGUAGAAAAUUUAUUAACCAUACUCGGAACCAUCCUUCAAAGUUGGAAUGAGUGAUGCUAUUGAUCAAGCUCGUGAGCCAGUCCCAGGAACAAUUCCUGAUCCUUUGGGGCAGAAAAAGGAAAUCCCACCCUAAGUUCAAAACCCUGAAAAGGUAAGAUAGGGUCCGACCUAGGGUGUUUACGAUACUCCUGACAAAAGAGAACCUAAAAAACCAGUAAUUGAAGAGAAUCCAAAAAACAUACCAGGAGGAAGAGAUGUUCAAAGAAGUAAAGCUGCUACUGUUGAUUCCUGUGUAUUUAAUGAAUGA